AUGGACGAGCGUGAUCUUUUUCUAGCAGAACUGCUGCGGCACGAGGGAUGCGGAGAUCACAUUUCUGAUGCAUGUCCCGGAUGUCCAUGUCUGAAAUCUACUCCUCCUCGAUAUCGGUGUCAAGACUGUCUAGAUUCACAAUUAUACUGUGGUCUCUGUAUUGUCCGGAACCACUUACGGUUGCCUACCCAUCAUAUAGAGGAAUGGAAUCGUCAAUUUUUUGAGUGUCUUUCAUUGAAAGCCAUGGGUCUUCGCAUACAGCUGGGUCAUGCAAUCGGCGAAUCAUGUAUUCUUCCAAGGAGAGCAUUUAACGAUGAUUUUGUUCUCAUUGAUGCAAAUGGCAUACACGAGAUUGGGCUGGACUUCUGUGGCUGCAUGACCUCUCAGACACAUACCAAGCAACUACUAUGCUUGAUCAGACGAAAGGAUCAUUAUGAAUCUUUCAUGCACAUGGUCCGUGAAUGGUGUCACUUGGUGAUGUUAAAAUGCUCAGGGCAUGGCCAUGAUCCAAGUGGCAUGGCAGGUACUUCAGAGGGUCAGUGCGCUGUGCUGUGCCCUGCAUGUCCGCAGCCCGGGAAAAAUCUCCCAGACAAUUUGGAAGAUGCUCCAAAGGCAAAAGGUUGGCUAUAUAGUCUUUUUCUGGCGAUUGAUGCAAACUUUCAUCUGAAAAGACGUGCUGUGUCAUCCGAUGAGACCAAUCCCAGCCUUUCGCGAGAGACAUCUUACAAGUCAUAUAUAUCAGAUAGGGCUGGAGACGUACAAGAGAAAAGCACAUGUUCGAGCCAUAAUGCCAUGAAUAUGGCAGAAACUAAGUUAUCUCAAGGUCUUGCGGCAACAGGAGUAGGUACUGUGGAUUGUGCGCGUCAUAAUAUGAAGUGUCCCAAUGGAGUCGGUGACCUUCAAAAGGGAGAAAAGUAUCUGAACAUGGACUACCUUUUUUUCUCCACUCUACGACAUUCAACUGUAGAUAUCUUGAAUGUGUCAUAUGACAUUGCUUGUCAGUGGCACAAGUUUCUUUGGUCACGCAUGGUAUCUUUGCCGCCUUCCCACCACUUGAAUUAUCUUGCGAGGACAAUCCGAUUCUUUGUGCCGAAGUUCCAUCUCCCUGCACAUGUCUCUAAGUGCCAAACUAUUUUUUCAUUCAACUUUACUCACUUUGUGGGGCACACAGAUGGUGAGGCACCAGAGAGAGGCUGGUCGAAUAUCAACUCCGUAGCUUCAAGCACGAAGGCUAUGGGUCCAGGCUGUCGUCGGGACAUGCUAGACAAUCAUUUCGGUGACUGGAAUUGGAAGAAAGUAGUUGGACUCGGAUCGUCGCUUUUACUCAAGAUCAAAGAAGCUCAGAUAGAAAAGGCUGACCAUGGUGCUGCCUUCGAGGAGUUUGACAGCGUGAUCACUUCUGAACACCGCUUCACAUGGAAGGCUGAAAUGGAGGCAUGGGAAGAAAAUCCGAACGAUACAACAGUCACCAACCCCUUACAACCGAAAGGCAUUGCAAUUACACAAGCCAGUGCUCGCUUGAGUUUGGCCCAACUCAAGGCUGAGGAGCUCGAGUGUGGUGUAGAUCUAUCACUUCACCCUGAUGUAUCGCCAAGUGUGCUCAUCGCAUCAGGCAUAGACCUCAAAGAAGAACACUCUACAAGGUGGCGCUUGAAGGCCAUAGUCGACGGCAUGGGCAUCCAUGCCACGGAUAGACAGAAGCUGAGUAUUCUUUGCAUGAGGAUGUCUCUUCGUCAGAAGAUCGAGUCUUGGAGACAGACUCAACUUCUGUAUGUGCCAUUGGUGCAAGUACUCCUGGCCGCCUCACCAACUGGUAGUCUCAACGAUGCUGAGCUUAUGAAGCUUUGGCUCCCAUCUGCAUUGAACAGUAAUGCUUGUGAUUUAUGCCUCCAGCAUAUUGAGUGGGAGUUGUGUUUCGCGCAAGCUCAUGACGCCUUAGAAGAGCUUAGGCAGUGCCUCCAUAGGGAAUGGAUUCGAGGCCAAGGGGCCAAUACUUGUGCUCAGAAUGCACUCACACAUAUACAUACGAGGCAGGUGGCCUGCGUGAAGCGCUAUAGGACUGCAUGGACCACGCUCAAAUCUCUUGCACCAAUUCUUAAGAAAGCAGAUUGGUGUGGGCGGCUACAGGACCUCUCCGAUGACGAUUUAAUGUGGAUUUGGAUGAUGGACGGUGUGGACAGCGGUGCAGCUGGAGGAGAUGUCGACGGUGUUCGUGUGGAAUGUGAAGAGGUCGACCUUCUCCAGGAGGAGAUGCGCCGGGUCCUGCAAUUUUUUAAUUGGCAGGCAAACUGGUGGGAAGGACAGGGAGUCCGCCGGGUCAGAACUGCUGCCCAUCAUGAGGCUACUGCCCAGGAUGAAAGUUUGCAUGCCUAUGCUUCUCGGCAAGCUAAUAUUUGCUGGCGCCUCGCUGCCCAUUUCCACAGCAUAUGGGCACCGCUCAUGUCUCCCCAAGACACACUGGGUAAUCCGGCUGCCACACUACCAUUACCCGACUUGACGAUCCCUGAUAUGCCCUGA